ACUAUUUGUUAACUCAAUGAUUAAAGUUUUGCUCUUUUUCACAUGAUCGGCAUGGUUAAUUGUGUGUGAACCUAAAAAUAUUUAACAAACCUCGAUAAAUACUUGAAUUCUUUUAAUUCCUCCUAAUAUAAAUUAUUACUCUCUGUUAAAAUGGCAUCAAGAACACAAUCCAGAAGAAUUCCUGAAGUAGAGCCACGUAUUGAUUACGUUCAAUGCGAUGGAUUGGUUGUAAUGAAAAUGGUUAAACAUUGUCAUGAGGAGUCUAUGAGCAACAUGGAAGUUGCACAAGGUGCACUUUUGGGUUUAGUUGUACAAAAUAGAUUAGAAAUUACCAAUUGUUUUCCAUUUCCUAAAAAUGAUGAAAUUGCUGACGAAGAGGAAUAUCAAUUAGCUAUGAUGCGUAGACUCAGAUGGGUCAACGUUGAUCAUUUCCAUGUCGGGUGGUAUCAAAGUGCAGAUGUUGGUAACUUUUUAAACGUAUCGCUUUUAGAAUCGCAGUAUCAUUAUCAAACGUCUAUAGAAGAAUCGGUUGUACUUAUUUAUGACACUGCCAAAUCAGCUAGAGGAUUUUUAACUCUUAAAGCUUAUCGUUUAACACCUCAAGCUAUUCAAAUGUAUAAAGAAGGUGAAUUUACACCAGAAGCUUUGAGAGCUCUUAAGAUUGGUUAUGAAACUCUUUUUGUUGAAAUUCCCGUUGUUAUCAAGAAUAGCAAUUUAACGAAUAUUAUGAUGUCGGAAUUAGAAGAAAUGGUUCCAGAAGAAGAAGGCACUAAAUAUUUAGAUCUUGGAACUGCUACAGUAUUAGAAAAUCAACUACGCUGUUUGAUGGAUCGUAUAGAUGAAUUAAAUCAAGAAGCUAUGAAGUUCAAUAGAUACCAACAAUUAGUUGUUAGACAACAACAAGAUAAAAAUCGAUUGUUGGCUAAGAGAGCUCAAGAAAACGCAGCGAGAGCUGCUAAAGACGAACCACCACUACCGGAUGAUGAUAUUAAUAAGAUUAUGAGACCAUUGCCAGUACCACCAAGAUUAAAUCCAAUGAUCGUCGCAGGACAAAUCAACACUUACAGCGAACAUAUAUCGCAAUUCUGUGCGCAAAGCUUAGCUAAAUUAUAUAUUACUCAAAGUCUUCAACAUGCUAAGGAAUCUAAAUCUUCCAAUUAAUGAAAUAACAAUCUCAUAUACAAUAAAUAUGAUGAUUAUAUUAUUAAGCAUUUGUAAUCAAACAUUAA